AUGGAGGCAUUUCCAGUCGGGGACGAGCUGGGCAGCACCCCAGAACCCACCAUUGUGCAGCCUCCUGGGACCAGUCCCGCGCCAGCUUAUCCUGCCCUCGACUCGCAGCAAGGGGAACACCUGCGCAUCGGGGAGGACGUGCAAUUCAGCGAAGAGGUGGAAGACAGAGGUUUACUAGAAAGCAGUACAAGACUAAAACCUCAUGAAGCUCAGAACUACAGAAAGAAGGCAUUGUGGGUUUCAUGGGCCUCCAUUAUUGUUACGCUGGCUUUGGCGGUGGCUGCCUUCACUGUCUCUGUAAUGAGGUACAGUGCUUCAUCAUUUGGAUUUGCGUUUGAUGCCACUUUGGAUGUGUUGUCAUCAGUGAUAGUUCUGUGGCGUUACAGCAAUGCAGCGGCAGUUCAUUCAGCACACAGAGAAUAUAUAGCUUGUGUCAUCUUGGGCGUGAUAUUUCUUCUGUCCUCUUUAUGUAUAGUGAUCAAAGCCAUCCAUGAUCUUGCAACUAAGUUGCUUCCAGAAGUGGAUGACUUCCUAUACAGUGUUUCAAUUUUAAGUGGAAUCCUUUGUACUACCCUAGCAGUGAUCAAAUUUAUGUUGGGGAAUGUGCUUACAAGCAGAGCAUUGUUAACAGAUGGUUUCAACUCUCUGGUAGGAGGAAUCAUGGGUUUUUCCAUCCUCCUGAGUGCAGAGGUUUUUAAGCACAAUGCUUCUGUUUGGUACCUGGAUGGAAGUAUAGGAGUUCUGAUUGGACUCACAAUAUUUGCCUAUGGUGCCAAGCUCCUUAUGGAUAUGGUCCCCCGUGUACGGCAAACACGUCAUUAUGAAAUGUUUGAAUGA